AUGGAGGCCGCCGGCCGCACCGCCGCUGCGGUGCACCACCGCCGCCUCGCGCUCGUCUACUUCGGCGCCAUCCUGCUCGCGGUGACCGCGGUCACCGCGCUCUCGGACGUGGAGGCGUCAGACAUCGCGCGGCGGCAGCUGCUGUCCCUGCGCGAGGGCGACGGCGACCUCCCCGACGACUUCGAGUUCGACAUCCGCGUCGACGUCACCUUCGCCAACGAGCGCCUCCGCCGCGCGUACAUCGGCCUCCAGGCGUGGCGCCGCGCCAUCUACUCCGACCCCAAGAACUUCACAGGCGGCUGGGUUGGCGCCGACGUGUGCGCCUACUUCGGGGUCACGUGCGUCCCCGCGCUCGACGACGCCAACAUCACCGUCGUCGCGGGCGUCGACCUGAACGGCGGCGACAUCGCUGGGUACCUCCCCGCGGAGCUCGGCCUACUCACCGACAUCGCCUUCUUCCACAUCAACUCCAACCGCUUCUGCGGCAUCAUCCCCAAGAGCUUCUCGCGCCUCGCGCUCCUCCACGAGCUCGACGUAAGCAACAACCGCUUCGUUGGCGCGUUCCCGGAGGUGGUGCUGCAGAUCCCCGUGCUCAAGUACCUCGACCUCAGGUUCAACGACUUCGAGGGCGGGCUGCCGCCGCAGCUCUUCGAGAAGCAGCUCGACGCCAUCUUCGUCAACAGCAACCGCUUCGUCGGCUACAUCCCGGAGAACUUCGGCAACUCCACGGCGACGGUGGUAGUACUCGCCAACAACAAGUUCAUCGGCUGCAUCCCGCGCAGCGUCGGCCGCAUGGCCGACACGCUCGAUCAGCUCGUGCUGCUCAACAACCGCCUCGACGGCUGCAUUCCGCCGGAGCUCGCCGAGCUCGUCAACUCCAAGGUGGUGGACGUCAGCGGCAACUUGCUCGUCGGCACGCUGCCCGAGGGGCUCGUCAACAUGACCAAGCUGGAGCAGCUCGACGUGUCGAGGAACCAGCUCGCCGGCGCCGUGCUGGAGCGCGUCUGCAAGCUCCCAGCGCUCGCCAACUUCAGCUUCGCGCACAACUUUUUCAGCGUGGAGCCGGAGGCGUGCGUGCCGUCGGAGGACGCGGAGGUGGCGCUCGACGACAGCGGCAACUGCCUUGGCGACGAUCGCCCCGAGCAGAAGCCGUCUCUGGAGUGCGAGCCCGUGCUCGCGCGCCCCGUCGACUGCCGCAAGAACGUCUGCUCCGCCGGCCCCGCGCCGCCGGUGCCUCCUCACAAACCGUCGCCGGAGAAGACAACGCCCGUGCCGCCAACACCGUCGCCAGCCAAGCCGACGCCUGUGCUGCCCACACCGACGCCAAAACAGGCGCCAGCGCCGCCCACACCGGUGCCGAAGCCGACACCGAAGCCAGAAACGCCACCACCGAAGAAGGACCCGGACCCUCAGGAUUUCCCGUUACCGCCACCGCCUUCACCGCAGAGACAGCGUCCGGAACUUGUGAGAACACCGUCGGCACUGCCACCAAUAAGCUCAUCUCCUCCGCCGGCGCCGGUGAGCUCACCACCCCCACCUGCCCCAGUGAGCUCACCUCCACCUCCAAAGAAAUCCCCACCGCCAACUGCUCCAAUAAGCUCUCCGCCGCCGCCACCGUUGAAAUCUCCUCCUCCACCAGCACCAGUGAGCUCACCACCACCGCCGAUGAAGUCCCCACCACCACCAGCACCGGUAAGUUCGCCACCACCACCGGUGAAAUCUCCUCCACCACCAGCACCAGUGAUCUCGCCACCACCACCAGUAAAAUCACCUCCACCACCAGCAGUGAGCUCGCCACCCCCACCAGUGAAAGCCCCUCCACCACCUGCUCCCGUUGGCUCGCCUCCGCCGCCGAUCAAGUCUCCUCCACCGCCGGCACCAGUAAGCUCGCCUCCACCCCCAGUGAUAUCCCCACCUCCUCCAGCUCCAGUAAGUUCGCCACCACCACCUGUAAAAUCACCACCCCCACCGGCUCCAGUGAGCUCACCGCCCCCAGUGGUGAAAUCCCCUCCACCACCGGCUCCAGUGAGCUCGCCACCCCCACCUGUGAAAUCCCCUCCACCGCCAGCCCCGGUAAGCUCCCCACCACCGCCAGCCAAAUCCCCGCCACCACCAGCUCCAGUAAGCUCCCCACCACCGCUGGUCAAAUCCCCGUCACCACCAGCUCCGGUAAGUUCUCCACCUCCACCUGCCAAAUCGCCGCCACCGCCAGCUCCAGUAAGCUCUCCACCACCUCCGGUGCACCCCCCACCACUACCAGCACCAUUGAGCUCACCACCUCCUCCUGUAAAGUCUCCUCCUCCACCGGUGCUAGUCAGCUCUCCACCCCCACCGGUCAAAUCACCACCGCCGCCAGCUCCAGUGAAUUCGCCACCUCCACCCGUCGUCCCAUCUCCUCCGCCACCGGCGCCGUCACUGCCUCCACCAGUUCCAGACGACGUCAUCUUGCCACCGAUCAUGGCGCAAAACUACGCGUCGCCACCGCCGCCUCAGUUCCAAGGAUACUAG